AUGUCAACGUCAACCUCUACAUCUGCCCCGCCAACCUUAUUUUCCCUCUACUAUUUGAACGAAAGUGAAAUCUUGCAUGAUAACGACAGCGUUGACAAUGCUGAUGAUGUCGUCAAUACUAUAGCCGACAAAGACAAAGAUUAUCGCCAACAAUAUGCUGCUCAAAUGUUGACGUAUAUGAACCAUUCCAUAGAUCCAUGUGAUGAUUUCUAUGAAUAUGCCUGUGGUAAUUGGAAAAAUACGAUACCGCCAAGGCAGGCGGAACACAAACGCAAUAGUCUGUUGGAUGUAAACUACAAAUUGGAUGACUUAGCUGAAAUGAUAUUGACAUGGCCCAACAUAGAUGAUAUCGCUCCAGAAUAUUCCGAAGAAUUUAAGACAGCACAAAAAUUCUACAACAAUUGCCUAGAGAGUGAAAUAUUUCCCAUGAAAAAAUCCCUAGAAUACUUAAAGGCCAUUGAAAAAAUUGGCGGCUUUCCAGCGGUGCAACCGCAGUGGAAUGCCUCAGAAUUUAGUUGGCUCAAUAUGAGUGCUCACAUGGGCAAUUACGGUCUCAGUAAUUUAAUAAAAGAGGAAAUAAUACCACAGUAUCCAUUCGCGCCGUAUUUUCAAAUUCCCGAAUUUGGUUUUGACAUUGAACUUCACUAUGAUAACAUCAAGAAUAGUUCAUCGAAUGCCUACAAAGUCAACUGGCAGACAAUGAAUGACAUAUUGACGGCCUACGAAGUGGAGCCGGCAGAGCGGCGGGAGGCUAUUAUCAGUGAAAUAUUUGAAUUUCUACAGGCUGCCUUAAAUAUUGUCGAAGAAUUCGAUGAAAAUGAAUAUACAUGUAGUGCCCUAUCGGCGGACAUGGAUGACGAUGUUGCUGGGGAAUAA